ACAAGGAUCUGUACAAGGACGUCAUGAUGGAGAAUCACCAGUCCCUCACAUCACCAGGUGAAGAAAGGAUGAACGACUCCCAUGGACAUCUCCAUUUAUCUACCUAUCAUGAAGCAGAAGAUAACAAUACCACACAAGCUAAUUCAAUAACUCAUAAUGUACCCUCAGUUCUUCACAGCGGAGAUCUAUCCACUGACAUCGCUGGUCACUGGAAACCUUUAUCUGAUCAAUCACUGAUUGGCAAACAAAUAACUGGACAUAAAUGGGAGGAAAUAUUUUCAUGUGGGAAACAGUUUAAAAAGAAAUCUAAUCUUUCUUUGCAUGAGAGAAAUCACAGAGAUCAAAGGUCAUUUUCAUGCUUAGAAUGUGGAAAAUCUUUUACCAGGAAAUUCAUUCUAAUAGAACAUCAGAGAAUUCACACAGGGGAGAAGCCGUAUUCAUGCUCAGAAUGUGGCAAAUGUUUUAGUCGCAAAUCAGAUUAUGAUAGACAUCAGAGAACUCACACAGGAAAUAAGCCAUUUCCAUGUUUAGAAUGUGGAAAAUGUUUUAUUCAAAAAUCGGAUUUUGAUAGACAUCAGAGAACUCACACAGGGGAGAAACCGUUUCCUUGUUCAGAAUGUGGGAAGCGUUUUAGUCAGAGAUCACAUCUUGUGGAACAUCUGAGAGUCCACACAGGAGAGAAGCCAUUUUCAUGUUCUGAAUGUGGAACAUGUUUUACCCAUAAAUCUGCUGUGCUUCAUCAUCAGAGAACUCACAAAACAGAGAAGACAUUUCUAUGCUCAGAAUGUGGAGCAUGUUUUGCCAAUAACAUAGCUCUUCUUGAUCAUCAGAUUUCACAAUGUCAAACUCAAACAGGAAAGAAACCAUUUUCAUGUUCUGAAUGUGAGAAGUGCUUUAUUCGGAAAUCAUCUCUUGUGGAACAUCUAAGAAUUCACACAGGAGUGAAACCAUUUUCAUGCUCUGAAUGUGGGAAAUGUUUUAGUCAAAAAUUAUAUCUUCGUAGACAUCAGAGAGUUCACACAGGAGUGAAACCAUUUUCAUGCUCAGAAUGUGGAAAAUGUUUUAUUCAAAAAUCAGAUCUUGAUAGACAUCAGAAAACUCACACAGGGGAGAAGCCAUAUUCAUGCUCAGAAUGUGGGAAAUGUUUUAGUCAAAAAUUAUAUCUUAAUAGACAUCAGAGAACUCACACAGGAGAGAAACCAUUUUAUGUCCUGAAUGUGGGAAGUGUUUUUAUCAGAAAUGAACAUGUGGGGGCAAUCUAAGAUUUGACCCAGGAGAGAGGCCAUUUUUAUGCUCAGAAUGUGUUAGCCUGAAAUUGGGUCUUCUUAGACAUCAGAGAACUCACACAGGAGAGAAACCAUUCUAAUGUUCAGAUUGUAGGAAAAAUGUGGCAGGUUUUGGAGCUUCAUUGUAGGACCUGCUCCCUAACAAUGCCUUCUGAUGUCUACAUAACGUUAUAUUACAUGAACUUUAUACAUCAUACUAUACUGUACAAUACAACAAAGAAUACAAGUCACAGGUCCCUUGAC